AUGUAUUUUUUAUCUUUAGAAAAAGACCAACUUCAGUACUUUGAGAACAUACUGAAGAAAGUAAAGGAGUAUGUGCGCGAGAUCAUAUUUCUGGUUAUUUGUACGGUUAUUGAGGGUAGAUAUGAAAAUAUAAACGUCAAACAGGACUGGUGGGAGACAGCUGUAUUUUAUCAGAUAUAUCCAAGAUCUUUCAUGGACAGCGACGGAGAUGGCAUUGGUGAUAUUAUUGGCAUCACGUCAAGACUGGAAUACUUAAAAGAUCUUGGAGUUGACGCAACUUGGAUAUCACCGAUCUACAAGUCUCCUAUGAACGACUUCGGAUACGAUGUCUCCGAUUAUUACAGUAUACAACCGGAAUUCGGCACUAUGGAAGAUUUCGAGCAACUUCUUAAAAAGGCCAGGGAACUAAAUAUAAAAGUCGUGUUAGAAUUUGUACCCAAUCACACUAGCAAUGAGAGCGAAUGGUUUACAAAAUCUUCACACCGAGACGAGUACUACAAUGAUUGGUACAUCUGGGAAAACGGACAUCUGGACGCGAAUGGACAGCGACGACCACCAAAUAAUUGGAUAAGUGUAUUUAGGAAAAGCGCAUGGCAUUAUUCGCCAAGCCGAGAUCAGUAUUACUUGCAUCAAUUCGGGUCUGCUCAGCCGGAUUUAAACAUCAGGAACCCUGUCGUCGUCGAAGAACUAAAAAAUAUAAUAAAGUAUUGGCUUGAAAAAGGAGUUGCUGGUAUGCGGAUAAAUGCAGCAAACCACUUGGUUGAAACGGAUAAGGAUAUAUUUGGUGGUAGAUAUCCUGACGAGCCGAAGACAGGAACUCCCGGUGUGAUGAAUGAGGAUUAUGAAUACUUGAACCACGUUUAUACAAGGGAUCAAGAGGAAACAUAUGAUCUCAUGUCACAGUUCCGAGACGUAUUUGAUGCUAUCACAUUACGUGACAAUUUGACCAGAAUUAUGAUGACUGACGCUUACACGAGUAUUAAGAAUGCUGUCAGGUACUACGGUGAAGGCAUUCAUUCCGGAGCCCACAUCCCCAUGAAUUACGCUCUCAUCCAAGAUUUGAAUAAGGAAUCUGAUGCACGAGAUAUGAAAUAUGCGAUCGAUCGAUGGCUGACCUACAAACCACUUCGAAAGCCGGCUAAUUGGGUGACAGGCACACAUGAUAAAAGCCGCGUGGCAUCUCGCUUUAGACCCGAAUUGGUCGAUGCCUUUAAUAUGCUAGUUUUGCUCCUACCCGGAAUUGCUAUUACUUAUAUGGGUGAAGAAAUUGGUAUGGUAAAUGGAUUUGUGAAGUGGACUGAGACAAAAGACCCCAUCGCAUGUAACACUGACGACCCCAUCAACUUCGUGGAUGUCACCAGGGAUCCAGUCAGGACACCCUUUCAAUGGAGCAAUGGAAAGAAUGCAGGAUUUUCUGACGCUGAGAGAACGUGGUUGCCGCUAGCGGAGGGCUAUGAGAAUAUUAACGUGGCUAAUCAGCGUUCAGCGGAUCGUUCCCACUUCCAAGUAUAUCGAACACUGACCAGCUUACGUCUUCGUCCGGCGUUUAGACUUGGCCGUUACGAGUCAUUAGCAUUGAGCCACGACGUCUUCGCUUUUAAGAGGUGGUACAACGAUGACGCAUACAUUGUUGUCAUGAAUGUGGGCAGGACGUAUCAAAUUGUCAAUUUAACAGCAUUUGAUUUGAUCUUUGGAAAUUUGGAAGUAGAAGUUAGCAGUGUUCUUUCUUCUAGAACUUACAGUGAUAUAGUUCAAGCAAAUUACUUGGAUUUGGCUGCAGACGAAGCUUUGGUUUUAAGAAUGCAGGUGUGA